AUGACUAACGCUGAUGAAGACUGGGCGGCUGAAGUUGAUGAGCAAGAGCGGCAAAUCUCUGGAGAAGUAAGUUACUGUCGCUGCGUUUAGAAUUCCAUAAGGCUUUAUAGAGGAGUUCACGCUUAUAGUUGCAUCAUGGGUAAUCAGGGCAAGAUGCGGGAAAUUAGAAUUGAAAGCCUUCUAUUUCUUCUUGAAUUCAUAUAUCUGAAACUUUCUCUUCGAAAAGAGUAAGAAAGAAACAAUACACUAAAUCUGGAGUGCAAAGAAGUCCGUGAUCAGUUUUUAGAAAACCUCAAUUUUUCCAUACAAUUUCUGUAAUUUUGAGACUGUCGAAUUUUUUCAUGUUUAAAUUAUAAAACCCAUCAAACCGUUGAAUGGUGGCUUCAUUUUGAUACAGAGUUUUCAGCAGACAUGUCGAUCUGGGCAGAGUUUUUCGAAGGCCGAUUAGCGCUUAACCCGGGUUUCUGUUUCUUCUGUCCAAAAGCACUUUCGCGGAUAUUUUUCUCUGUUAUUUUUAGAGCUUUCAAUCAUCAACUUGUGGACAAAACGAAUUAAAACUGAAAUGCUUUUUAAGCUUUCAAAUCUGAAUUAAAAUCUUGCACUAACCCUGGGUUAUCUUAACCUAGCUUUGAACAACUCGGCCCUGGGGAAAAAAGAAGAGCGUAGAAUAUAUUACACCUUCAUAAUCACGUUCAUUUCUUAGGAAAUGUACUGGGUUUUAGACUUUUCUUCCCUUGUGGUAGUGGAUGAAAUCACUGAUACGGCGAGAUAUUUUGGACAAGCCUCCUUGUUCAAGAACUGAUAUGCAGCUUUUUAACCACAGAGAGGGCCAAGAAAAACGAUCAUUUUUUUCAAGGGUUUUGGUAUUAAAGGCCCAGUCAAUUCCAAGCAUGCCUUUCCUCUUCCCUCUGAUCAUGGGCAUUUCAAAAUUAAACAUUCUGGCUUCCCCCAAGAUUUUCACUUGUGUUAAAUUAUGUUUUACAUGUCAAAUUUUUCAUCAUUCACUACACCUUAGGGGCUGUCGUCACUAAGUGUUUGGGAACCAGUGCCUGAGUACCGGGACAGAAUGGUGUUGUGUUCACACUAAGAGAACGAUAAUUACUCCAUUUCGCCCUGCCAGCGGUGGACUGCCCGGAACUUACAAAAAUUGUGUGCAGACAGGGACCCAGUUCCCACGUUUGUGCCCAAGAACAAGGUCGAGAUCUUGUACUCGAGCACCGGCACCGUGCCCGAAUUCUAGAUAGUGGAUACUUGAAAAAAAUGGUGCAUUCACAUUAGUGCCCAGCGAGGACUGUACUUGAGCACCGAGUGUAAACGCUGCCUUAUAUAAUGUGUGAUGAUAGGAACAAUAAGCAAGAGAUGUGAUGACCGUUAAGAGUAGUAUUGUAGCGAGAUUUACCUGAGAAAAAAGCCAACAAUUCAAUGACAUUUUGUGAUGCCAUCACUGUUUUUCCCAGGAAAUGACCUCUGAGGAACAAGAGUAUAAACUCUAGACUGAUGGCAUUUCACUAACCAGAUUUGUGUAUUGAUUCUGAUUGGUUAAUGCAAAUUUCUCUUGCAGAACAACAAAUCAGAAGCAUUGCCCAUAUCUGGGUAGUGACACAUUUCUGCACUCAUUCCCCACGUGGAAAACAGUGAUGGUGGCCCAAAAUGUUGGCUUUUUUCUCAGCCUACUACUAACAACCCUUUUGACUUUCAUAUAUUUGUUCACUAUUGCAGGUUGAUAAGUUGAAAUUAAGUAACACAAGUACCACUAAACCAACUGAGGAAAAGCAAGCUAAUACAGAAGAAGAGGAUAAUGGUACAAAUAAAAUGCAAGCUCAGUGCUCAGUGAUAUAUUUUGUAAUAAUAUUAUUAUUCAUAUUAAUCAUAGCUAUCAACUGUCCUGAUUUCAGCACUAACAGGACAGUGUAAUAGGACAGUACGCUUUAUGCCUAAGUAAUUGGACAAUACGUGCCAUCGGCCGCGCCCACUUAAAUGGCUUUUUUUUUAACUUCUAGAAAAAGCUAUCGUAAUUUCUUGUGUUUUAAUUUUAAAAGAGGACCAAAUCUCACGAACUUUGUUAUAGUUAUGAUUAAUUAGUAUACAAAACUUCGUGUCGUCCAAUGUGGUCUGUAAUCAUGCUCGUGAUUAAAUAAAUCGGACUCCCGCUAUGCAGUCGUCCGAUUUUGUUAAUCACUUGUACGAUUACAGACCGAAUUGGACUCCACUCAGUCCUUAGUACCAUUAUUUAUACUUUUAUCAAUACUAAAACCCCAUACUGCGCAUUGUCUUUCUUCCACAGAGCUGACUAAGGGUACAGACCUUGCAGAUGCUUCUUUUUUGAUGAAAGUGUUAAGAAGUAAACUUGUUAAGACCAAGAAUGAGGUUGAGGUACAGAGAAAUGACCCAAGUUCACCUUUGUACUCUGUCAAAUCAUUUGAGGAAUUACCACUGUAAGUACUGACCACCAUUCUAUUGGUUUUCCUCUUUACAUGAAAAGAUCUUAAAUUUGAAAGGUUUAUCAGUGAUUUAACAUAAAUGUGAAUAUCUGUGUUGUUUUCUUUUUGUUAGGUCAGAACAACUCCGUCGUGGUGUCUAUGAUAUGGGUUUUAACAAACCAUCCAAGAUUCAGGAAACAGCACUACCCAUGCUCUUAGCUGAUCCGUGAGUUACAUGUACUGCAUGUUUAAUCCCUUGAAUUAAUUUUAUCAUAGUGUCCUCAGUCUUCACAUAAUCAACACUGCUGGACUAGUAAAACCAUAUUUGACUUUGACCGACAGAAGCCUGGUAUUCUUGGUAACAAUUCAGAAGCGGCCAAGUCCGUUCCUCGAGGCUUUCUGAAAGUCACGCUGUUGGAGAAAGGUAUGAAGUUUUCAUUUGUUUUAAUCGCCAUAAUCCGAUACUUUUAACUGUCAUCUGAACAGAUAAUGUCUAUUUAAAGAAAGUUUUUAUCUUCAAGUUCCCAUCUGAUUGUAAAACUCGAUUGAAAUAGAAUUCCACAAUGAAAGUCAGAGGAUUUUUUACGAGUCACUGAUCUGACCUGUUCCGACAUGUUGAGCAGAUGUUAUAAAGCAUUUUACGUUUCAUUAAUAUUAUAACAGCACGGUCAAUCUUCCUGGAGUGAUUUUGUUGUUCAAAAUAAGAAAUGCUAGUGGAGAGNGUGUAUUAAAGCGUUAUGGCUUCAUUUUCGUGUCUCGCUCAACAGACUAAGAAAAAAAAGAAACUGCUUUUGGUCUACUGCCAAUAAUUGGUGUCAUUUGAAUGGCGAUUGGUCACACUGUAGGAUUUCGUCUUUUACUCAAAAGUAGAAACAACUUUUAAAAAACUCCUUCUUCCUCUUUAGUAGUGAAAGUGUUACAUCAGAACAAACAUGAAGUGUUUCAUGAUGAAUUUGUUCACAUGAAACUGUAGUGUUGUAAUGAACUGAUUUGUUGUACUUUUAUCAAGGUUAUUUGUAUUUCACCUACAUAUGAGCUUGCACUACAAACAGGACAAGUGGCGGAAAAGAUGGGCAAAUUCUGCCCUGAAGUCAAGAUUGGUUAUGCAGUGAGGGGGGAGAGAGGUGAGAAACUGGAGCCAGCAAAAAUAAUCAUGCUAUGUGCAAGACAUAGGCCUGAAGGGGGAAUACCAUCCUGUCUCGCUCAGGGGUGUAAAUUUUGGAUUUCUUGUCUUACUUAGUAAGACAAAAAGUAAAACGCCAAUAUUUUUAGCCUCUUAGGCCUAAGUCUUGUUUGGGGCUGUGGUUAAAAAAAGUUGAGCCUUUCCUCAAUUGGUCUCCUUAACGGGUUUAACUCAAUGCUUGGUAUAAGCAUCAUUUUCUGUUUUAUUUUUAGUUCAAGAGUUUACUUGUCCACUUAUCCCCAGAAGCAUGCUAGGGGUGCGGGGGGGAAGGGGCGGUUGCGUUGAGAAGCUUGCAAAGAAAGUAAUCUAAGAUAGCCCUGGGCUAUAAGACUAGUGGAGUUUGCUAUCUGGCUAGUGAAUUGCUCGAUGGGCAAGUGAAGUUUUAUGGGGAGUUGAUAAAAAAUUAUCACAGAGGAACGGUAAUCAAUCCUUUUCAGCAAAAAUUUUUGUCUGUGCUAGUCGAAAUGACUUUGGGGCUAGCUACAGCUUACGUAAAUGACAGGCAGUAAAGCCGACUUUCUUUGCACCCUGGUUAACGCCUAUAAAUAUGGCUUAGCAUUUUUUUUAUUUUGUUGCUCAAGAAAAUGAUUAUUGGAUAUUCCAUAAACAGCGUUUAAUGUUCUUAAUCCCCUCUCCUUCUCCUUUCUACAGUGUCAAGAGGGCAGAAACUCACAGAUCACAUAAUAUUUGCUACACCUGGAACUCUACUAGACUGGAUUCUGCGCCACCGAGCACUGGACCCCCAAAAAAUCAAGAUGUUUGUGUUAGAUGAUGCUGGUGUCAUGAUUGCGUUAAAGGGACACCAGGAUCAGUCCAUUAGAAUAUACAGGAAAGGCUUGUUCCCUUUUGGCAUACUUACGGAUCAUACUGGCAAAAAAUCUCUGAUACGUCCUUUCAAUGAGAUUAUAAAUAAUCAUAGUUACUGGGAGAUUUUCUGUUGACCAGUAGAUGAUUACAUUGUGCAAAUGCAUUUGUCUUAUUUCCACAGAGGUUUGCCCUCUGGUUUGCUUCGAAUAGCUUUACCGCUCUUUUCCCUUUUGUUUGCUUCCUUCCACCCACCCACCUCUUUGUUCCUUGGAGGGAACUCCAUUCAGUUAAGUUGUCUUUUUUCGAUCUUUCAUAUUCUCCACUGAGAGACCAGUGUGACAGGUUCCAAGGGCAGGUUGUCAUUGUUACCCCGCUUUAGUUGCAAUGCGAAUACUGAACUUAAGAAGUAAUGUAUUUCUCCUGUUCUAGGACCCUGCCUAAAGAUUGCCAAAUGCUUCUGUCCUCUGCAACCCACGACGACGAGGUGAUGAAAUUUGCUAAGACAGUAGUACCAGACCCUAUCAUCAUUCGGCUGCGUUGGGAAAAGGAGAGCCUGGACAAUAUCAAGCAGUGUUAUGUGGUGUGUCGUGACAAAGAGGAUAAGUUCCAGGCCCUCUCCAACAUGUAUGGCGUUGUGUCUAUUGGACAGUGUAUCGUUUUCUGUCACGUAAGUGUUAAAUUAAAUUGCUUCCCUCGCCCUCCUAUUUCCUUUCCUCUGAUUCCCAUCCAAAUCCUUCCUCGCCCCAGGAAAUGACUUCAAAGCAGCUUAAAUUUUAGUUGCUGUUUGGGAAUUUUUUCCUAACCCUAGGAUGUUUUUACAUUUAUGUAUGCCUGUGUCAUUUCAGACUCGGAAGGCGGCCUCUUGGUUGGCAGAGAAGAUGACAGCGGAUGGUCAUUCAGUAGCACUGUUGUCAGGCGAGAUCACAGUGGAACAGCGGCUAGCAGUAUUAAACAAAUUCCGUGACGGCAAGGAGAAACUGCUGAUAACAACUAAUGUCAUCGCCAGAGGCAUUAAUGUGGAACAGGUAAGUUCGCAUUGGCCGCCAUAAGAAUCAAUGACCAUGGAUUUUGGGUUUGUGCAUGAUAAAAUCAUAAUAUGUAAUGACAUCGGUAACCACACUAAGGUACCAGAAUUUUAAACAGCAAUGAAAAAUGUAAAAAACAUCAAUCGUAUUAACAUUGCAUGCAAAAAAGUAAGCAGGAGCCAAGUAAGAGCCCGGGUAGGUACUUAAUGUUACUCCCUGAAAAUUCGGGUAGGGAUGUAUGGUAUAUAAUAUGCUUCUUAACUUACGCUAUUUUAGAUCAUAGUAACUGGGCCAGUUUUUCAAAUUUUAAUGCUAGGCCUGCAAAAACUACCAAAAGGUUAUUAUUUUCAGUGCUCCCUGAUGAAAUUUGUUUGAUAUCCUCUUCGUAACUGCAUAGGAGCAUUACUGUAUGGGCUAACCCUUUAGGUCCCAAUGGUGACCAACAUCAAUUUUCUCCUAACGAUAUACAUGCAAUGUCAAGAGAUUAGGUUAUGAGAAUUAAUAAAAUGAUCACCUAAGAGAAAAUGCCUUGAUCUUUUAACAAAUUCUCUCAACACAUUCUUUUAGGAAAUGCAUAGAGAUCAGCUUCGAGAAUUUGUAUGUGGAUAUUAGGUCCUAAAGGGUUAAAGCACUAAGUAAUGACUCGAGCACAGAAUUGAUCAAAAAGGGCUAUUCCCUUGUGCAAUACCCCCCCCACCCACCGUCCAAAUUCCCUUGGUGACGCCAGUGAGGCCUUAGGCCCUGUUUACAUGUAAACAUGAUCAAAUUAAAAUGAGAGAUUAUAUGGACAGAAGGGUUACCCCACCUAAGCAGGUUACCACACCUCCAUGUAAACAGGCCCUUAGUAAUAUGAUGUUGUUUUUUUUUUGUCUUGUUGCUAUAGGUUACUGUCGUAAUAAAUUACGAUAUGCCAGUUGAGCCCACGGGUAAACCGGAUUACGAAACAUACUUGCACAGGAUCGGCAUGACUGGCCGGUUUGGCAAGAGCGGCAUUGCCGUCAACUUCAUUGAUGGUCAGCGGUCUUUGACGAUCAUGAAGAAAAUCGAAGAACAUUUUGGCAAGAAAAUAACGCUCUUGCAGGCUGAUGACGUAGAUGAACUUGAGAAACUGGGCAACUAA